UGCCCAACAGAAUAACAUUGCCGCGCUGCGAGGUCCACGUGAACAUAUUUUAAGCAAUGUGAUUCAGACAAACCGACCGUGAAAUGAAUUAUAGUGGUGUUCGAAUACUUUGAGAAAUAAAUUCGAAUGAAUGUGACAGCGCGACAUAACUAGAAAUUGGAAAAUCGAAAACGAAUAACGUGAAUUUAGGGACCUGUGCUCGCGUUGGUGCUGCAGACGCGGCGCUCAAUAUGUGAGGUUAAAGCAGACAGCCAAACAGACGGCGACAAGCUAUAAAAAACAACAAUUUAUACAGUUGACAUAGGAUAAGGAUUAAAUAUCAAGAGUGAAUGGUGCCGGGCGCAAGCUGAAAUAUCCCAAAGUCUCUCUGCAGCAAACCACUUGACACACGAUGGACUCCCGAUUGUUGAAUGUUUUUCACGAGGAUCCCUUCGAGGGAAACUUUGCAAAGUAUGAGACAGAGCCGAGCUUCUGGUCUCCCAACGAUGACCUGCAGUUGACGGACACUCUGAACGGAAUUCUACCUAUUGCGCCCACAGACGCCCACUCCCUGCUGGGACACGAGGUCGACGGCGAAGUGGAGUUGCAGAGCAGUAAGAACCUGCUGAUCUACAGCGAUUUCGUGGAGCAGCAGCUAAGCGACCAGGAGGCUAACGUACUCAAUGCCCAGGUCUAUCAGGCCCUCACCGACGGCGAGGUGGAGGUGGCCUAUGAACAGCACGAGCGUCAUUUGAGCUCCGUGGUCCAAUAUAAUUAUCCAGACUGUGUAAGUCUUGGUGGAGGUCAUAUAGAAGAGGAUGUGCAGAGUCAAUGCAGCAACUCUACGUUCCGCACGCGCACAGACAGUUCCUCAAUUGGCGACUAUGAGUCCCACUCAAGCGACUACGACGAAGACGAUGAUCAAGAGGAGGAGGAGAACAAAGAGCAACCGAAACUGGAUUCAAGGCUACUCAAAGACGAAGUCAAUGCAUUAGAUGGCUACUACAGUGACCGCAAGAGUCGAACGCUGAGCACCAACACCAUAGUCUCGGAAGCCGAUGCCUUGGGGCUGAACAUUGAUGUCAAUAACUUUGAUCUAGCUGAUUUUAUCACCAAAGAUGACUUUGCGGAGAACAUAAGCGCCUACCGCGCGACAGAGUCCAAGAACAGAGUCCAAGAAACAGGUCCACAAACUUACUCUGAACUGGCAUCAGUCGUUCCACCUUCUGCUCCAUCAGCUGGUGCUGUGGCUGCGCCUGCGGCUGGUGCUGGUGUUGUCGCUGCUGUUGAACGCAAACCUACAGUUGCAUCCGCGAAGCAGCGCGAAUCUGACGACGACGACGACUCGGACUCAAUCAUCGAUGUGGAGACGGUUGACGUGGUUGACGUGGAUGAGAGCGUGUGGUCCACAGGCCAGCUGGAGAAAGGGGAGGCAGCAGCUGCCGAAUAUAUGUGCUAUGUGGACAAUGUGAAGGCGGACCCCUCCUGGUCCCCGAAAUUGCCCGCCAAGAAGCCAAUGGUCAUCAGUAAAGAGCCACAGACAAAACUGGGGCCGAUGGAGAACCAAGAAAAUCCAGCUCGAGGAGCAACCGUCGUGACCAAGCAUAAGACCACGAACAACAUUUGUCUUGUGCUCAACAAAAAACAGUGCGACUUCCUCAAACGAAAAGUGGGUUCUGCCGCGUCUAAGUCCAAUAAAGUAGCCUCGAAGAAAACUCAAGAGGGUACGAAAUCUGCAGUCGGCAGCAAGCAACAGCCAGCCGCCAGCACUGGGUUGGGCUUGGGAGGGAAGAAUCUUGCGCUUCUCAAGCACGAACGGGAAGCUUCAGCAUCUGGCGCGCCUUUGGCACCAGCAGCAGGUGCUACGCCAUCGAUACAGGCGCCCAAGCGAAAACUCAAUCUGGAAGAGUACAAGCAGCGUCGCUGUGGCGGCGGCAGUACCAUCAUCCCAAAAGCCAGCCCGAAGGCUAAGCCCACGCCUCCCAAACAGCCCAAGUUGGCUCACCAAAGCUCCUCCCCAGUGGCCGCAUUGAGCUCGCUGAAACCAAUGACAGUUUUAACAAAAUCAAACCACCAGCAGAAGACAGCGGCCAUAGUCAAGAUUGUCAACAGUCUCAAGUGUCCGCCCAUUAAAGAAGGCACAGCGGCAGCACUGCCCAUGGAUCCGAUUACUGUGGCCAAGAACAAGGUGCUCCGAAUGCUGGAGAUGAAGCGGGCCCAGCAGCUGAAGAUUAUCGAUUCGCGUGUCUCGGCAAAGGUGCCGCGCGUGACGAAGCUGCCGCCGCUCAAAGACAUUGUCAAAGACACGUACCGCGUGGAAUUGGAGGAGGAGAGCUGCGAUUCGACAGCAACAGUAACGACGCCCAACAAGGAAAAACUACGUCCCGAUCUGGACGCAUUGAUUAUUGUGUCGGCCAGCUGCAACACGGACAUAACUAUACCUCCGAACCAGCUGAGCAAGGCCUCGCCCCGUUCGUUGCUCAAAUCGUCGGUCCUACUGUACAACAUAUCCAACGGCAAGGACCCGCACAAGGACAUAAGCAACUCGCUUAUAGCCAGCAUACAGAGCGAGGUGGUGAGACAGACGAGUAGCACGGCCAUGGCCACGUUGCUGCCGAAAAGCAAUGCUGAUAGCAUUGAUGGCAAGCUGGUAAAACUCUCGGGUGGGGCUGAGAAGAACACGCCGCAUGGCGAGGAUAUGGUGAUCAUGCAUCUUCCCAAGAAUCGCGAGCGCAAGACUCUUGUCAGCAUGGCGACCCAGACCGAUCUGCAACCCGAAUUUCCCCUGCUGGUGCUGCCCGCUAGCACGCGGCAGUCGCGCGAGCGAUUACGUCGCCACUACCACAAGCGUCGAGCGCCAGGCUCGGAUGAAUCUAGUUCCACGAGUGGAUCUUCUUCGGAUUGCAGCAGCCUGGCGUCGUACAGGUCUAGGUCUCGGUCACGUUCCCGCUCCCACUCAACAGAGCGGCUGCGCAGCCUAGAUGCAACGGCUACGUGCGGAGGCAGCAGUAUUGGCAACGGCGGCUAUUCUUCGCGCAGCACACACCGCCACCGCAGCUCGGUUAGUUCCUCAUCGUACUCGGAGGCGGGCAAAUAUGAGCGCCGACAGCGUCGCACCAGCUACAACAAGCGACGCUCAAAAAACCAGCAGCCAAACCGGCAGGCCGUCUAUUCUAGUUCGGGAUCCGAAAUCAGCGAUCGUGAGCGCAGCCGUAGUAGAAGUCCGCAGCGUCCCUUGCGGCGUUCCCGCUCCCGCUCACAAUCUGAGGCGCGCUUCGAAAACAGAAACAACAAUAGACGGGGAUUUGUGGAUCGGAACGUAUCGCAGCCAGCGGUGGAGGAGCGCCGCAUUGUAUAUGUGGGUCGUAUUGAGCAGGAGACCACCAAAGAGCUGCUACGCCGAAAGUUUUUGGCCUAUGGCAGCAUUAAGCAGAUAACAAUCCACUACAAGGAGAACGGCAUGAAGUAUGGCUUUGUGACGUACGAAAGAGCGCAGGACGCUUUCACGGCGAUCGACACUAGCCCAAGGGAUCCACAGAUUAACAUGUAUGAUAUUAGCUUUGGCGGAAGACGCGCCUUCUGUCGUGCCUCGUAUGCCGAUUUGGAUAAUGCUGGCAUCAACAACUACCACUCAUAUGUGUUUCCCAAGGAAGCACCAGCCCCAAAGGCGCAGGAGGACUCCUUUGAGGUAUUGUUGCUGAAAGUAAAGGCAAAACUGAAUGCUGGCAAGCCUGAGACAAUAGCACCUGCCACUUCAGUGGCAGCACCAGUUGCUCCGGAGCAAGAACACAGUCAGAUUUGACCUCUUCACUCCCCCACGGCACAGUUCUUCGUAUUUUUACUUUACUCUUUUACUCUAUCCUGAAGGUGAAAGGUGUCGCAAGCAUCCCUUCCUAUCCUUAAAUUUAGACCCAAAUCGUUUCCAGCUCUGAACUGAAAGCCUUAUUAUCCUUUCAUACUAUUUGGAUAUCGUACAUUAAUUGACAGCUGAGCUAUGGCGUUGCAAGCAACGCGACUAUUACACUAUACAUAUAUACUAGGAGAAUUCUGAGAACACCGAGUUGAGUGGAAACUAUUUCAAAUACAAAUGAGAGUCAGAUAUUGAACGAGAAUGGAAUUGUGAUAGCCGCACAUAAAGUGCACACAAAGUCAUUUAUUGCAGAUAAGUAGAAGAGAAAUUCGGAGAAGACUCAGACUACAUAGAAUCAGAAAAUCCUUGUAACAAUCCAUCUAUCCACCCGUAUACACCUAUACUGAACACUGAACUAACUGAACUAAAGCAAACACGUCUAAACAAGCGAGAGCAGAGACCAGAAACGCAGAGACAGCGACAGAAAAACGCUACACCACCGUUCGUUGAAGUUAAAAUAUAAUAUAUGUGUACAGCGAUCAUAUACAUAUAUAUCUAUAGUUGAGAGAGCAAGGAACGCGCAUGCUGCAUGCGACGGCCACGAAUUAAACUGUUGAUAACUAAACUUUGAUAUUAGUUUGUUAAGAGAAUAUUUUGUAUGUACGUUUAAUUAACUCGAUGUCCUUUGAAUAGCCACCAGAAUAGCCACAACCAGAACCACACAACACACAAACGCUACACUAAACCGAGUUGUCCCAGAUGUAAACUCUGCAAGCACGCAAUCCACAAAAGCAAAACCGAAAUUAAAACGUAAUUCGUUUAGGCAAACAAAUCUAAUCAAAGCAAGGAAAUUAUUGUAUAUUUUACAUUUGAAUUCCAAAAAAAUGAAACCCUGUCUCUGUGGCAAGGCAUGUCAGCAUGAACUGACUUGAUCUGACCGCCCAGGACCCAUUGAAAAAAAACCUAUUGUAAUUGAACAAUGUUUCAUGUUUCGUGAGUUUUAUUUAAUUUCAACUCAUUAAACAGAUGAGAAAAUAGUUAAAAGAUACUGAUACUUAACCUAAGCCACAACAAAUCGUAUUCGUACGAGUAGUUAAGUAGAGACAACAAUAUGUUCUUUAAGUUCUUUUGUACAAUUCUCCUUUUUGUAUAUUAAUAAAUGCUUGCUAGUUUCAGCAAAA